GAACAAAAUUCUGUCUUGGUCUUCAAAUUGACCAUUUGAAAGACGGAAUAUUCAUCCACCAGUCAAAUUACACGAAGAAGGUUCUGAAGCGGUUUUAUAUGGAUAAAGCACAUCCUCUCACAUCCCCGAUGGUUGUUCGCUCUCUUAAUGUACAUGAUGACCCGUUCCGACCUCGUGAAGAUGAUGAAGAAAUACUCGGUCCAGGAAUACCAUACUUAAGUGCUAUUGGAGCUUUGAUGUAUCUAGCAAACAACACUCGGCCAGAUAUUGCAUUCUCAGUGAACUUGUUAGCCAGACACAGCUCGACCCCAAGUAGGAGGCAUUGGAAUGGCAUUAAACACAUUUUGCGAUAUCUCAAUGGUACCAUCGACCUUGGUUUAUUCUACCGCAAAGAUGCCAAGGCCACUCUUGUUGGAUAUGCUGAUGCAGGAUAUUUGUCUGAUCCGCAAAAAGAAAAAUCUCAAACAGGAUAUGUGUUUACUUAUGGAGAUACCGCAAUAUCAUGGAGAUCGAUGAAACAAACUUUGACUGCCACAUCAUCAAAUCACGCGGAGUUGAUAGCUCUCUACGAAACAGGUAGAGAAUGUGUAUGGUUGCGAUCAAUGAUCCAACAUAUCCAGAGUGGGUGCGGUAUAAAAACAAUUACUAGUCAUCCGACUCCUAUAUAUGAAGACAAUACUGCAUGCAUUGCUCAAGUGAAAGGAGGUUACAUCAAAGGAGACCGAACAAAGCAUAUAUCACCAAAGUUCUUCUCAACACAUGAUCUCGAGAAAGAUGGAAAAGUUGACAUGAAGCAAAUCAAGUCCAGUGAGAAUCUCGCUGAUUUAUUUACAAAAGUGUUGCCCCCAAAGAAAUUUGAAGAACUUGUACACAAGAUUGGCAUGCGUCGCCUCCGUCAAUUAUGCUAAGCUGAGGGGGAGAAUUUUAUGAACUGUACUCUUUUUCCCUUGAUCAGGUUUUUAUCCCACUGGGUUUUUCCUGACAAGGUUUUUAACGAGGCAGUACAUAAAAUUAGAAUGGGUUACUAAACUAUGUCCAUUUCACGAAGUACUCAUCAUUAAUUGA